UCUUACAAAAUGCUGAUCAUGAAGGUGGUUUUAAAUUUUCAUCAGGAGCUGCACAGUUUAAUUAGGUCAGAAAAACAAGGGCUAAGUCACUGAUGAUGAGAGUACACAGAGGGAAAAUAUAUACAACAGCAUCAGAGGAGGGUCCUUACAUGACAGUGUGCAGUGGGUCUAAAUACUGUAAAGAGUCCUCAUCCAAAACAAGAGGUGCAAGUCAACAUGCUGCUGAGCACUGGGAUGCUCCCAUGUCAGGGAAGGUUCCCUGCCUUUCAGGUCACAGAGGUCAAAGGCUGCUUACCAGUCAGCCACUUGGAUGACUGAUGAUGAGUGGUGAAUUGAAAGUGACUAAAUACUUGUGAAAUACUUGAAGACCUCUUUCCUCUGAAAGUACAAUGCGGCCAUAAGAGUUUUGCUGACGUGCUUUUGUCUUGCACAACUAACUUGCAUAUUUCACAAACAUCUGUUCAGAUAUGAUGCUGAUAGGUUUUACAUUUUCCAAAAGUGGCACAUAUAUGUUUUUUUCUUUAGAACAGGCAGUCAGGCUGUUUACUGUGGGUAUAGUUAUUGGCUGGAGGCCUAAACGUGGCAGCUGGUCAUGUUAAAUCUGAAGAACCUUUCAGACGCACAUCACUUUGGAAACGUGAUUGUCAGCUUUCUGCCUUAAGUGUAUUGUGUGUGUGUGUGUGUGUGUGUGUGUGUGUGUGUGUGUGUGUGGACUAGCUUGUAUUUUCGUUUGACUUAGAAAUGAGUCACAUUUUCACUUAUUUUCUGACAUUUGUGACAUUUUCACUAAACAAAAUUACUCCAUUACUGAAAUGAUCAAUAGGUUAAGUACAGGUUGUUUGUAGGAAAUACUGCUUAAAACCAUUUGAAUACUGUGAGACAUUACUUUUGGUUCACAGUUUCAGUACUGAACCUCCACAACACGAGCUCCCCCACAUUCAGCUGGUUUAUGAUCCUCAUGUGGUCAUUCAGGAAGUGUGGAGCUGCUUUCCUACAACAGUCACAAGAGCAGAGAUGUAACACCAUACAUUAUGGUUACGUUUCCUGUCAACCAACAUAGGCUUGUUGUCAGAUAGAUAGAUAGAUAGAUAGAUAGAUAGGUAGUUAUUACUCACAUUUAGAUCACCACUUGUCAUAUUUAUGGUCAAAAGGAAAAAGAAACACACUUUUUAAACACUCAUCGCUGACUUUCACUUCUCUAUUCCUGACAUCCUGGUUGGUCACAAGUGGUGAGGUGCUUCUAUUGAGGCUGGUGACAUGCAGUGUGUGUGUGUGUGUGUGUGUGUGUGUGUGUGUGUGUGUGUGUGUGUGUGAGGGAGCUGAGGUUGUUCCUCAAACGUUUGUGUUUUUAUGAGAUCCUCUGCAUUCCUUCACUCUUUGGCUGACACGCUUGCAGCGACCAAUGGGAUGCAGUGUUGAACCUAAGGGCCUCUUUAAUCUCCCAAGGUGGCAGAGCAUCGGGGACAGCUGGCAGCUGCGGCCGUAAGAAGCUACACCGACGACCGGGAUACAUGAGAGGAGAGCAGUCUAGACUACAGAGCACUACUUAUGGACAGGAGGAGGAGGAGGAGGAGGAGGUGGACGAGGAAGGGAGGACCACUUGCAUGAGGAACGGAAAAUCUGGACGUCACACUGACAUCACUGAGGCAACCAGCACUCAGAGGAUGAGUCGAACACCUGCUGUCACAGUGUCCUCAAUAAAUCAGACGCAGCCUGAUAAACUCACAUGUAGCUCUUGGAAGAGUAAAAGCGUCAUCUGCUCUGUUACCCAUCCUCUUCCUCAUGUGGGCCGCAGUGCUGUUAACAGUACAUCCAGCCAUCAGGGUUUGUCCUCACUGCCACAGAGUGAACUCAGGUUAAGACCACUACAGUCCUCACCGCAGGACUCCUUUAACUCCAGCUUCAGUUUCAUCCAGCAGUCGCUCAACUCCAGCCAGACGACAGACACAACCACUGCUACACCAGCGCAGGAACCAGAACCACUUAAUCAAUCAACUAAAGCACCUAGCUCGCCUCAAACAAAACCAGCAACCUUACCCACUGAUGUCUCAAAGCAUUCAACUCCUGUCCAGGGCAGCCAGGCAGAGAGAGAAGAGCUGUCAUUAAGCGGGAAGUUUUGGCGGGAAUGUCUGUGCGGUGACAGCGAGGUCACGUCCGACCUGCCUGACUGUGACUCCCAAUCUCUGGACAUAGAGAUCACCUCCUCACUGUCUGUGGACUCGGACACAGCCUCGGCCUCCUCUGUCACCUCCGGCUAUGAGAGUGCCACACCCGCCUCCGACCAAGGCUGGGACAACCUGGUGAAGAGGUACGAGGUCGUGCUGCAGGACUGCCUCCAAAACAACCGCACUCACACCAAGAUUGAGUCCAUGAUGUUGAAGCUGCAGAGACUCCAGCAGAAGGCCAUUUUGGAUGAUGACUAUGACGCAGCCGAGCGUUUUGGGAAAAAGCUGGAGGAGUUGUGCAGGGAGCGAGGAGCUCUGCAGCUGGGUUUACCCUCCAGACAGCCCAGCGUGGCUCUGUUCCUGGAGCGCCUCACACAGGUGGUGCACAGCGCCCUCCAGAGGGCAGACUGCACUCAGCGCAGGGAGGGCGCAGAGCCUGAUGCGGGGGAGCGGACAGACUCACUGCAGGGACCGCUGCAUCGAAGAGAUCGUCUCAUCCGAGAGAAAGGGAUGGUGGAGGAGGAGAUAGCCGAGCUGCAGCAGAGGCUGGCGGAGCUGAGGGACCGCAGUCGAUGCCUGGAGCAGCAGAUCCAGCAGGAGGAGCAGCAGGUGGAGGCUGAGGAGCUGGAGGGCUCCGUGCUGAGGAGCUGCACCGUUGCCCAGCUCCGCGACAUCAGCCGGACCAUGCAGGACCUCGUCACCUCCGAAAACCGCAUGCAGAUCUCUGUCUCACCGCCAUCUUCCAUGCUCAGGCUCCAGGAGCAGGAACAGGCAUUGAAUCUGUCCAUCAAGGAAGCCACUGCUAAAGUGGUCAUGAGUCAGAGGCUGGGCAGCAGCCUGAGGAGGAAAGUCAGUGAGACUGAAACGCAGCUCUUGGCACUGCAUGAAGCCAAACUGGCAGCCAUCUCAGGUAAUGACUUCAGCAGUGCCAAGGAGCUGAAGGCUGAGAUGAAGGCGGUGUACCUGGAGCGGGACCGGCUGGAGGCUCUGGCCAAGAGGCUGCACAGCCUCAGCUCGGGGAGCAGCCAGGAGCUGGCCAGGAUGAAGGAGCAGCGGCAGCAGCUCAGGCAGGAGCUGGAGCAGAGGGAGGCCCAGCACGAAAGCCGACUGAAGGAGAACACUGCCAAGUACAUCGAGCUAUUGGAGGACAGAUUGCACAGUUGUGGCUGUCCAGGCUUGGAGCGGAUUUGGGAAGCUGACCUGGAAGCGUGUCACCUGUUCUUGCGAGGCCUCCAGUUGCGGACUCCCAGCUGCAGUGGAGCAGACAUCGAAGACCUCUCCGCUGCAGCAGUUUAUCCUCCUGCCCAUCCAUGUACCAAAGAAGAAGAAGACUGCGCCAUGCUCACUGCUUUGGGAGGACGCUGGUGCCCCGAGGCCAACUUACAGAACUCAGAGUUCACCAAGAAAUUGGAGGAGUUUUUGUUCUGCAUGGAAGAUAAUCACCAAGAGGACGGGUGCAGCGAGGCUGAGGCUGCGGACCUAACAGAGCGCUGCGAGCUGAUCAGUGACAGACUAAUGACCUUGGAAGAUGAAUUGCAGACGGCCAUACUAAACCGGGAUCAGGCCCUCACCCAGUCUUUAGAAAAAGAAGUCCAGGAAGUAAAGGCCACCUUGCAAACCAUGCUCACACAGCUCAAACAGGAAGAGGAGGAGCAAGAGGAAGUGAAGGAGCUAUUAGAUGAUGACCUCAUGAAAAAUGGGACUGAGGAAGAAGAAGAGGAGGAGGAAGAAGAUGAGGACCAGUACUUCAGUGACAGCUGGGACAUUUGAAAUGGAUGCCUGUAGUGUUUUAUGACCACUCACACACAGACCGGCUCUCCGAGAGCCUGACCUCGGCUUUGUAGUAGAAGUGACCCCAUAUCCAUUUUCCAUAAAGCCUCACUCAAAGCGCUUUACAAGCAGCCGCUGUGGUACUGCUGAAAGUUUCCAGCACAAAGCCUUAGAAAGUCUGUGUAACAUUUUAUCUACAAAUAGAAAAAAUCAAGGAUUUUGAUAUAAAUGCAAAAUAUAAGACACUUUUAUGCAAAUUUUAGAAGUUCGUCAAAUCUUGCCAGCCUACGUUUAUACCAGGUAAAGAGUGCCUUAGGCCACUGAGCCAAACUAAUGAUUAUUUCAAGUAUCUGGAUACAGGUUUUAAUGUCAUGUCUUACGAGCGCAGAGCAAUAAGGGGAUUUUUCUCUUCAGUUUUACUAUCAAAACAUCAGCAAUUUUAAAUUAUUAUUUGGUAAAUUGAGAGUUUUUCAGUUUUUCUGAUUUGUCAUUUACAAAGUUGAGAAAAGGUAUAGAACUUUUGCUGAAUGAAAAAAUAAUGUAGUCACAAGUGAAUUAAAUGAAACGGUUAUGGUGGAUCCUAAAACAUAGAGUAACAGUAAUACACAAAGAGCAAAGCCAUAGAGUCAGUGAACUGACCCAGUCAUGUCAGUUAACAACACAAUAUCUGUCCAGUGUUUGCUAACAUUAGCUAGCAUUAGCCAACAUAAAUUACUGUUCCUCCCACCAAGUAAAGCUACAUCACCAAAACCACCACCCCUGAGUGCACUGAACUGAGGUACAUGUCAUUUUAAUUUUAGUUUAUAAGAGUAAGAUUGUGUUAUUUCUUCUUACAAAAGUGACAUUGUUUUAAACUGAAUAGCAAAGAAAAUAAAAAUCCAAUUUUUUUAAAUGGCGAGGCAGAAAACCAAACUGAAGCUGAAAAAUGACUGAUCGCUCACUGCAGCUACCUGUUUGAAUUUUGACCGAGGACCAAGUAGACAAUCUAAACACCUUUUACUGGUAACAGUUUUGCACAUAAACUAAAACAUAUGCUUAAUUUUAAGGUCAGCUAGCCACUCUUUGUGUGUUUUCCGUACAAUUGGACUUGUAUGACAAUGACAUGUAAUUUUGUCUAUUAAGUAACUUUAACAUUUGUGGUGCUACAGAAUGUGAGCUAACUUGAACACUUUAUUUUUUGCGUGUGUGUGUGUGUGUGUGUGUGUAAAAUGCAAUAUAUAUAUAUAUUUUUUUCCCUCCCUGUCUUAAAGCAGUGUGCCCUUGGAGAGAUGCUCCAUACUUUAAAAUAUAUCUGUCACAACUGUCUCUUAUGCAUAUAGAAAAAACUGAAGGAUAAAAUAUCAGUGGGCACAUAAAAUAAGUACUUGCAACUGCUGUUUGUUCAUUUGUUUCUAAAAUAAUAUUAUAUCUGCCAUUGAUUAUGUGUUGUUUUUAUUUUAUGUCAGCUCAGAAUAUACUUGUUCAUUCCACUGGGUGUCACUUGACUUUUUGCCAGAAACAUUUUUGUACUUUCACCCAUUAAUCAUUUUUUUAAAUUUACUGUGCAGCUUGAACUCGCCGUGUUGUAUAUUUAUUCCUUACAGCAUCUCGCUAAUUACAGCAUGUACCAUUCAGCCUAA